AUGCCUUUACGAGUCCAACCUAGCUGUUUCGUGUCUAAUCCUGUUCCUAUUCCUAUUCUUAUUCCUAUUCCUAUUCUUAUUCCUAUCCCUGUUCCUAUUCCUAUUCCUAUUCCUAAUCCUAUUCCUAUUCCUGUUCCUGUUCAUAUUCCUAUUCCUGCUCCAUUCCUACACCCCCAUCCCAACGCGCCCAAGACGCAGAAGCAGAACCGCAAACCAACCCUGCCGCCACCGUCAACACCGCACCACUCCGCACCACUCCAACACCUCACCAAACUCCACAGUCCAAGCCGUGCCGUCACGUACCCACCCUCCCAAAACCCUGGUCAAGGGCUCGACAUUGCUAUAGUUAGCUACGCGAGCGGACGCAAGCUGCAGGAGCGAGAAGGAGAAGGAGAGGGAGAGGGAGACGGGUGCGUCUGA